AUGCCCUCUUCGCAGAAACGCAAGCAAAAGCGUGCAGACCAACAAAAGAAAGCCCGCGACGAGCGCCGCCUAGCCCUCAUCCACUACCCCGACGCCUUCUCUAAAAAAAUCACACUAGACGCACACACCAACCUGCUCAACAACCUCAGGGAUGACGAAGCUGACUAUCAUGACCUCUCCUACGUCGAACAAAGCAUCCAGGUCUACGAUAAAGCAAUCGGCCUGUUCUUUGACCACCUCCUCAUGGCCGCCGAGCGAGCAAGGCAUUUGCAGCAUGUAGUCGUGACGGGUGACAAGGAGGCAGCGCUCGAGCAUAUCACGACGCAGCUGAAAGCCAGCAUCGACCACGGGCAGAAAAUCGCGGGACUCGCAUACAUAGAGGCGGCGACGUGUUGCCUGCAUCAAGAGUAUAGUAAACACGCCAAUCCCUUGCAGAUGGAGAAAGUCCCCGCUGGGGUCACAGUGUUAGGGUACUUUGAGGAGACGCAAACAGCGUACGAGGACCUGAAUACGGCGCUUUUGACACACAUGGAGCUCUGCAAGGGCAUGGGCGAUGCGUAUGAAUCCCAGAUACUGGACGAGACACUGGACGAUGCUGGUGCGGAGAAGCUCAAUGAAGUAGCUGCGGCGCUGGAGGGGGCCUGGAGAUGUUAUGCCGUUCAGCAGGUUCAUGCGACCGUCAAAGCGCAAUUUGAGGAGUUUUCAAAAAGGUUUUUUGAGGAUGGGAGGGCCCAUGUAGAGGCGGUCAGGGUACUGGAUGAGUUGGAAGAGGGUUUUGAGGAGCCAUGGGGGUGGGUGGACAGGAGUGAGCUGUGGUUAAGGGAAUGGAUAGAGGAGGGAGAGGGCGAAUCGACGGAUAAGGGGGAGAAUAACAGGGAUGGUGAAGUAGAAGAUUGGAUGACAGAUGAAGAGGGGAGUGCCGAGGAAGAGAAUACCGGAGGCGAAGAGGGACUAACAGAAGGAGCCUAG